GGAAAUGCCAUCGAGCAAGCGCAGGCUGCGGCCACCUGGUGUAAUACUUGCCCUGGAUGAACUCUAGCCAACUUCACUUUCCGGCAAUCUCUUCCGAGGGUCUGUCGACAAGACAUUCGGAGACUUUACCCUUCUGCGAGCGCGUGUUACGUGUACGUCAAAACCAAAUCAUCACGACGUGACCGCCACGGCUCCGACAGGCACACCGCCGUUCCAUCCACGAUGGUGGUCUACUCGUUCUACAUCUUCGACAGACAUGCCGACUGUAUUUACAAGAGGCGAUGGGCCAGCCCUGCGAAUUCCACAACAGCCAGACUUCCUAAGUCAUCUUCGCAGGCAUAUAUCAACGGUACUGCCGCAAAUCGCCCUACUCUAAGCGCAGAGGACGACGCCAAACUUGUCUUCGGCACAGUAUUCUCUCUACGAAACAUGGUCCGCAAGUUGGGUGGAGAAGAUGAUAGCUUCUUGUCCUAUCGCACUUCCCAAUAUAAACUCCAUUUCUACGAAACUCCAACCAACACAAAAUUUGUCAUGCUUACCGACACAAAGUCCGGCUCGAUGAGGAUAGCCUUGCAACAGAUAUAUGUCAACUGCUAUGUGGAAUACGUGGUCAAGAAUCCCCUUUCGCCAGUCGAGCAUCCUGGCGGUAUUGGGGUCGACAACGAAUUAUUCGAGGCAAGCCUGGAGCAGUUUGUGGAUCGCGUUCUAAACAUGUCGUGAAAAUGAGACAAGGAAACAGUCUGUUGCCACAGAUUUGUAGUGAUUCAAGGGAGGGUGGUGUUAACGUCACGAAAGAGCAUAUACCAUUCAUCAUUCAGAGGUAAUGAUGUUCCUGACAGACCCAGGAACUCCUUCAAAAUGGGAAUCUCUUUACCUGAGGUGCCUUGUUUUCACAAACGCGCCCCCCCUGGCAGAAGCCCCUGCAUGCUCAACACUGCGAUAGAAGCCUGCACAGUUCUCAUGUGCCAGGCCAAAGGAGGGACCGGAAUGACGUGCUUGUGACUAACGAUUUUGGGGGAAAUUCAAGGAAUAUGCAUUCAACGUGGAAGCACUAUGAGCAUACGAAUUCAUGGAUCAUUCCCACCAGCUCCAAUUAUUGCUGGCUUUGUGGAAAGGCCUCAGGUGAUGAGGAAGAAUUCAGCCAAUGCUCUUGGUGAUUGCAAGUUGGAGGUUAUGAUUGGCCCAGGGAAUACGAAGCUAGUCGAUUUCAACGAUCACGGGCAUUUGUGUUGUUAGGUCUGACCCAUGGCAUAUUGAACCACUAGUAAUGAGCCGAGUUACAAGACGCGUGACUUGCUUUGCCGAUAGCUCAGCCAAACUACGGAGAUGUACUCGUAUUUAGGAUGAGUUGAUCCUACGGACCGAAGUGGAGUAGGUACUAAUACAUCCUGUUCUUUAUGG